CGGGUUUUAUUUAUUUUAAAAAAAUUCCUGAUGGCAGAAAUGACGCACAGUCAAUGGGGAUUACUCGUGACCUUUUGGGAAAACACUAAGUGGUUGACUGUGAUUCUAAACACACUACAGCACCAUGACAUGUCACUUAAUUGGUGUGGUGAAAAUGAGAACCACCGCAGAACCAGCAGACACGUGGAACCAUUAAAGGUCCCUGCAGAAACGGCUCACCACUGAAGGCCCAGUUGUGGUUCUUCUACCACCAGUGAAAAACCACUGUACGCCAUAUGGAGCCAACAUGCUUUUACAGCUGUGGAGGCUGGAGCUGUGUGUGGCUGGCACAGGCGGUUUGGUCAGGUUUCGCGAUAAAUCACGAUGAUUUAUCAGCAUUUAAAAUCAACAAGGGUGUGAUUUAUUAGAGUAUAGUUUAAACCAGGUGUCUUCAGAGUAUUUACACUUAAUUUAAUAUUUAUUACAAUAUAAUAUUCAAAUUGUUUUGGCAUCAUGAAUAAAUAAUUUAAUAUCCCAGCAGCAUUUGCUCCUUGUAAUAUAUAAUCUGUGCGUAAAAAAACGUCCUCACAUGCUUCACUUACAACACGCUGUCAUAAUAUUAUAUUACCAUUUUACGGAAGGAAGAGUUAUGUGUUAUAUCAUACUACAUGCGGUAAUUACAGACAAAGUACACGUGUGGUAUUUGAUUAAAAGUAUAAAUGUUACGGCAGAGAGAUUAAACAUGAGGCGCCGUGGCUCCUACGAGACCAAAACAACAAAAACGACGUCCUCUCUUCUCCCAAGUCGUGCUCCCUUCUCCGCCUGUACGUAUACCCCCCAAAUGUUCUCCUCCAAAAAAAGUAGGCGGUAAUUAUUAGUGGAAAAAUGGCGUUGCGCUAUUAAGUAGCCAAUGCGCAACCUGCCAUUGGAGGGGCACCUGGGAUUGAUGAGGCGCAGUGGCCAAUGAGACUGCGAGAAAGGAAUGCACGGGCUCCAGUUAAAGGGGGCGGAAGAGGAGGUAGAGCCAGUCUACGGAGAAACAGAGACCCUCCGCGUUAAAGACAGACAGACAGGCAGAAACACAGGCAGAGCCAAGCCACAGAAACACCACAAUUAUAAUCCCCCACUCGGAGCAGCAGUUUUUUUUUCCUGAGAUGCUCCUGCUACUUUACGCAGAGGACGCCUGCUAGAUAGUAAGACAAUGAUUUAAUUCUUACAGUGCGUUUUAGCGCAGAGCAACUGUCGAGUCCAAGAGGAGGGGGACACGAGGAAACUCUUGACUUCGUUACAUUUGGAUUUUUUCAGUCAGAUUAAGUCGGUAUAAGUAAAUUGUUUUUUUUUUAAAUAAUAAUUGUAUUCCCUGUGAUCGGAGCAGCCUGUCCACUCACACCUGAUAUGGUGUUUCCAAGGUUGGAAGUUGAAUCUUUGUGCGCUGUAGUUCAUAUUUGAUAUUUCUCUCGGUUUUUAGUUGAAAGUGAAUAAGUAAAUCAGAUUAGAGCUUUUUUUUUUUUGUUGUUUUGUUUUCUGUAAAAACAAAAUGCUUCUGGAUGCCGGUCACCAGUUUCCCGGACUGGGAGUGGGCUCUUUCGCCAGGCAUCACUCAGCGAGCGAGAUGCAGGAGAGAGACUUGAGUUUGGCGCAGAACAGCUUUGUGGACUCGGCACACAUGGGUGCCUUCAAGCUCAACCACGAUCUCUCCCCCGGACAAAGCUCAGCCUUCAGCACCCAGGCGCCGGGCUACCCCACUGCGGCUCUGGGGGCUCACGCCGCCCAUGUCACGUCGUACGCCAGCUCCCCCUUCAACUCCACCAGGGACUUUCUCUUUCGCAGCCGCGGCUUCGGAGAAUCCUCUCCGGCCAGCAGCCAACACACUAUUUUUGGCCCCACGGCGGGAUCUCUCCAUCACUCCCACACAGACACUCAAGGCCACAUACUCUUCCCCGGGAUCCACGAGCAGCACGGCUCCCACGGAUCUCCGAACGUCCUGAACAGCCAGAUGAGACUGGGACUACCGGGAGAAGUUUUCGGUCGCUCCGAGCAGUACCACCAGGUCUCCAGCCCCAGGACCGACCCGUAUUCGGCCGCGCAACUACACAACCAGUACGGCUCCAUGAAUAUGAACAUGGGCAUGAACAUGGCAGCCCACCACCACCCCGGUGCCUUUUUCCGUUACAUGAGGCAGCAGUGCAUCAAGCAGGAGCUCAUCUGCAAGUGGAUCGACCCCGAGCAGCUCAGCAACCCCAAGAAGUGCUGCAACAAAACUUUUAGCACCAUGCACGAGCUGGUCACGCACGUCACCGUGGAGCACGUCGGCGGCCCGGAGCAGACCAACCACAUCUGCUUCUGGGAGGAGUGCCCCCGGGAGAGCAAGCCCUUCAAGGCGAAAUACAAACUGGUUAACCACAUUCGGGUGCACACCGGGGAGAAGCCUUUCCCAUGUCCGUUCCCCGGCUGCGGGAAGGUCUUCGCACGGUCGGAAAACUUGAAGAUACACAAGAGGACACACACAGGAGAGAAGCCGUUCCAGUGUGAGUUUGAAGGCUGCGACAGAAGGUUUGCAAACAGCAGCGACCGAAAGAAACACAUGCACGUUCACACGUCGGACAAGCCUUAUCUGUGCAAGAUGUGUGACAAGUCCUACACACACCCCAGCUCCCUACGAAAACACAUGAAGGUCCAUGAAUCCUCUCCUCCAGCCUCAGACUCAUCACCAGCAGCCAGCUCUGGCUACGAAUCCUCCACACCCCCAGGCCUGGUGUCUCCCACCACAGAGACCCAGAGCAACGCCACGUCCCUGUCCCCAGCCUCAGCUGUCCACAACACCAGCAGCCACAGUGUCCUCUCCUCCAAUUUCAGUGAAUGGUAUGUUUAGGGACUCUGUAAAAAAAAAAAAUUAAAAAAAAAUAAUAAUAAAAGAGAGAGAGAGGGAAGUGAAGCAUCACACACGUUCAUUUCACAGCACUGGAGAUUUGGGUCACACACACAAUGACACACACAUACAAAUAAAGGUUUAUUUUUAUUUUGUGAGUUUUUAUCAGCCAGGGUGAACAGGACGGGCACAGACCAACAGAGGGAAUCAUGUAUUAUAGUCUAAAUGUAUUUCAUAUUGUAAAUAGUCAGUGAAAAGGCCCCACGUUUCCCAUUGGUUGUGAUCGUUUCGUCCGUCUUUGCUGUGUAGAUGUUCCUUCAAUGGUAGCUACUCCUCUAACUGGACUCUAGUGCACAUAUUACCAGACAGACUCUACUCUAAUGUUGAAUAUUGUGGUCCUGAGGCAAAUUGAUUGUACAAUACCUGACACCUAUAGACUGGACAGAGUGCCAAAAUUGACAUUUAACUACCCAACAAACACACACACACACACGCACACGACAAUAUACUGCUUGUGAAUGUACAUUUCUUUUCAGUUGGCUGGGCUUAACUCGUGACCGUUUUUUGUGCUUUUGCAAUUGUGAAAUACUAUCUGGAAGAUUGUGAGGAAAAAUAAACGUUGUGCCGUUGGAAUUAUUAUAAUUAUAAUUAUUAUUAUUAUUAUUAUUAUUAUUUUCUCCCCCCUCUGUAACUACAUUCAUCCUUUUUGUUGUAAAUAUCAGCUGCCAUAUUUAUCCAUUUGUAAUUAAAUUAUGGUAUUUACUUGCUACAGAUGAAACAGUAUUUAUAAAGAAAAAAAUGUUUCUUUUCCUAUAAAUAUGUACAAUGACGAGCUACGAAAAAAAAAGAGAAACCACGGGCAGUUGUUUUGUUAUGUGCUUUUUCCUUUUUUCUUCAAAGUUUGAAGAAGUGUUUUUCUUUCUCAUUGUGAUAAGAAUUUUACUGCAUACAAAUAUAAUAAAAACGGUGUUGCAAGUGA